AUGGAUAUUGUCGAUACUAGUGAAGCUUUGAUCAAUAUACCAGAACUUUUGGCCCAUGAAAAUAUUUAUCAGAUCCAGGUGGGAUCGAAAUUGUUUAAAGUUAGUGGUGCAUCGCUAAGCAGCGAUGGUCCCUCUUUUUUCACUGACUAUUUCAAUUCUCAAGAGAAUGCAGAUGCAUCUCACGUUUUGACCAUCGAUAGAUCGGAUGUUGUUUUCGAGACUAUUAUGGCCCAUUUACAAGGAUAUCCUCUAUCAAUAUUGGAUGAGAAAGAAUUCAUUACCUUAUUUUUGGAUUCGUUGUACUAUAGAUUACCUAGGUUAAAGAGAAUGUUGCAAAAAUACGACUAUUAUUUCAUUAACAUCGGCGGUAAGCAUUUCAAAUUCUCAAAAAGUGUCUUCGAUAGACCCGGAGACUCCCCUAAUUAUUUUAAUCUUUUGAUCGACUCGAUGUUGGUCGAUGUGGAGAACUUGUUCCACGAUAAAAAAAUGAUCAGACCCCCAUCUCAUUUCAUCCCAUUCGUUACUAGAUCCAGUGAAUUGUUUCAAGAAAUCCUAAAUCUCUUAACGGAUGACGACUACGUUGUACCUGGUCAUAUCUCUAUCAAUAAUCUUUUAAGAGAGUGUAAGUUUUACUGCUUGCUUAAUUUACAACAGAGACUCCUUCCUCAUAAGAUCACUAGUAAUCCAUUUUGCAAAAGAGAGGAGAUCACUAUGAAAUUACAGCAUCUCAGAAGAACGGGGAUGAAACUAUUGAUGCAAAGUGAAGACAUAAAUGAAUGUAUCAUUCGCAGUGAUUCCGAAUCUGAGGAAUCCGCUUUUUGUCCCAAAAAAAAAAGAAAAAUGGAAUCUCCGGCAGAAUGGGAUAUGAUCUCUUACCAACGCCCUUAUGUGGAUAAAAAUCCGAGGGAUUUGGUGGUACAAAUCGAUUCCGGUGACUUGACUCUUUAUUUCAAUAAGAGAAUGAAAACUAUUCACGUCAAUGUUGCUAACCCAUUGGACUGCCGUAUUUUGAAGAGUUUGUUCACAGACAUCAGGAAACAACGCAAUAUCAAUGAAUCUCAAUUCGAAUAUCCUAAUUUCAAGGGAUACGUUUUCCUCACUUGCACGAUAAUAGCUGAUUUGACUAUCAAUGGAUUGCCAUGUAAAAACGUCUGCUCGAAAAUCGAUGAGAUCAAAACCAAUGAACAAAUCUACGAUUUCAGUAACGGCGAUGGCAUGAUGCCAGGUUUAUCCUUAUACGUUGUAGGGCCCUCACUUUGGCGCUUGGGGGUAAAGAAUGAGCAUAUCAUCUUCCUUCCACUAAAAUUGAAUUGUAUCUCAAAUUUAAGACAGUUCAAUAAGAAUUUGCAAUUUGUCUGA